AUGUUGGAAAAGGAAUGCAUGAAUAUUUUCAAUAUUUCCCAAGCUGAAAUUGACUCCUUGCUAACAGCACCAUCAUACACACACAAUUUUAAGUGCUUUUUGCGGUGUAUUGGUGAAAACGCAGGACUGAUUGUCAAUGGGGUUCCAGUCGACUGGCAAAUAAUCAAAUUCGUUGAAGCUCAGUUGAAGGUUGGCGACGAUGAAACAUUGCAAAAGGACUUGCACAUUUACGAUUUGUGCAACAAAAAGCCUGUGAGCGACGACGCGUGCGAAACGGCAGCAAGGCUUUUUAAAUGCGGCACAGAUAAUGCGCCUGACACAGUGGCGGAAAUGAUCGCUGUUGGCAGCGCAGAUUUGGACACGAACAUGGAAGGAAGAGGCUGGCCCAGCAUGCAGCCAGCGUGUCCGGAAAAUCUCACUUGUAACACGCAGCUAGUCGAGUCUGGAGUUGCGACAAAUUAUUUGACAGACAUCUCCAACUCGAAUGGCUAUUAUUUUGUCUCCGCCUGCGGCAACUUUUACUUGGUCUUAACCACUCUCAUGACUUUCGAACAAGCGCACGAAAAUUGUUGCAAGUACGGAUGGCGAUUGGCCCAAUUUGAAACCAAUGAAGAAUUGCAGUGUUUUAACAGCGCGAAUAAUGGCCAAAUAAUUUCAACUUUUAAGCAAGACGCAACGCUCCUCGUCAGUGCGUUCAACUUUCAGAGUUCAGAUUUCUUUUCGUGGUGUCCCAGUGCGGUGCCGUUGGACAACUCGUUCGUCUAUCUCGGUGGGCAGCUUGUCAGCAAUGCAAACAGGGUGGUUGCGGUUCGACUUAGUGACCCUUCGAGUUCGUCAGCCAGGAUAGCGACUGUUGCUACUUUUGAUACGUAUCCGGCCAUAUGCGAAAAACCAAUUUAAUUUUGUGGUUUUUUAAAUAAUGAUUUUUGAUAUAGGUUUAUUUAUGUAAUUUUGCAGAUAAA